AUGACUUCAGCGGACAAUAUCGAAGGAGGUACCGCUGUUCGAGUCGAUGAGACAACCGCCUUACUUGCGCCCUCACCCAAGCAACCGGCGUCUCGCGAGAAUGGCGGCGAGAGUCAGACCUCCAGUGGUGGCACCGACACAGCCGAAGACAAGCCAUUGCCCAGGGACCAGAUCCUAUACCUCUGCUUUGCGCGCUUCGUCGAGCCAGUUGCAUUCUUCUGCAUAUUUCCCUUCGUUAACCAGAUGAUUUGGGAGACUGGGGAGGUGGCCGAGACGGAUGUCGGGUUCUACAGUGGGCUGAUUGAGUCGUUAUUCUCGUUAACACAAAUGUGUCUCAUGAUUCUCUGGGGGAAAGCGGCCGAUCACUUCGGAAGAAAACCAGUCCUGGUCAGUUCGCUGGCGGGCGUCGCAGUCGCAACAGCCACCUUCGGGCUCAGCAGGACAAUAUGGCAGAUGAUCGUGUUCAGAUGUUUCGCUGGCAUCUUUGCUGGGACAGUUCUGACAAUCCGCACAAUGAUCACCGAAAAUAGCACACCGCAAACGCAAGCGAGAGCUUUUAGUUUCUUCGCCUUUACGGGCAACCUAGGUAUCUUCCUGGGUCCGGCUAUCGGAGGCGCAUUGGCCAAACCUGCAACCGUAUAUCCAUCUGUCUUUGGGAAGAUCAAGUUCUUCUGGGACUAUCCAUACGCGCUGCCCACAUUUGUGACAGGCGCGAUAGGCGCGAUCGCAACAAUCACGAGUGCGUUCGGGCUCAAAGAGGCAAGUCUGUCACGCUCUGGCAACGCGACCGGGUCCGGUCCGCCUAAGAAGAUGUCCAUGCUUGAGCUCCUGCGAUCACCGAACGUUACAAUAACGCUAUUUAUAUACGCUUAUAUCAUGAUCCUCGCCUUCAGCUAUACAGCCAUUGUCCCGGUCUUUUUCUUCACACCCGUCCACCUCGGCGGAUACGGGUUUUCGCCGCUGUUGAUCUCCAUCUUUAUGGGACUUGGCGGGCUUUCGCAAUCGCUCUGGCUCCUCAUCGCAUUUCCGUGGCUUCAAGCCAGGUUUGGCACGAAGUGGGUCAUGAAAUUGUGCGCUUUGACUUACCCUUUCUUUUUCGUAUUCUAUCCGAUGUGCAACAUGUUGUUGAGGUGGCAUAUGACGGCCGCUUUCUGGGCAAUUGCGCCUGUUGCUUCAGUAGUGGGCAGCGGAGUCGCCAUGUCUUUCACAGGCAUUCAACUUGUUCUUAACGAUGUGUCUCCCGGGCCAGAAGUCUUGGGAACAUUGAAUGCAGUUGCGCUCACGUUAGUGAGCGGCUUGAGAGCCUUUUCACCUGCGUUGUUCGCCAGUUUAUUUGCUACCAGUGUACGGAGCGGGGUGUUGGGAGGCCAUGUCAUUUGGAUCCUAAUGGUUUGUCUAGCGGUAGGGUUCUCGUUCCUAAGCCAGUGGGUGCCGGAGCCGAUCCAAGCGGAAAGCAAGUCAGGUCCCCGCAUGGAGAAUGGCAGGACCGAGGAGGGGAACGAACAGUAG